AUGGACAGAUUUCUCAUGUUUCGCAAUGCUGCUCGUCCCCUUUCCCGGUACUUUGUCGCACCAGGUUCUUGGACUCGUCAUUUCCAUGAGAUCACCACGGAUUUCAUUACCCAAGACACAACAGGCAACUUGGCCUCUAAGAAGGUCUCCGUAAUUAUCGGGAACCCCGGGCAAGCCUAUGUGUUGAUUUCCCCAUCCGUUGGAGAAGAUUUUCGUAAUGCCAGCUCUACAGCGGCGACGCAAGACCGAUGUAAACUGUCAUUCUUCCAUGACACACAGCACUUUGGCCUCGAAUCACCGAGUUAUCCUCGUCUCCAUGUCCCAACCCAAUUUCCUCGCCAGUCGGAAUCUAACACAAGCCCUGCGACCAUUUUCCUGAGCGGAAAGAUAUAUGAGAUUGUCAUAGAUGGAACUGAGGAUGCCGAAUUUGCCGAACACUCCAGUGCUUCUGGACAGUACCUGAAGCCCGUCCUUGAUCAACUGGAGCAUAUGUGA